CGAAAGAAAAAAAAGGGAGAGCAGCGGUACCAAAACGAAGGGUACGCGAACCCGUCUCCAACUUUGUCUGUCACACUCCGGCGCACUGAUGACCGCAAAGGACGCGGAAGUCGGUGAGAUUUGCGUUAGCUUAGACAGAUUGGCCGCCUGGGUAGGAGAAUGAGCCACGCUCCAUUAGCGUACUGUGACGUCAUACUGUAAUAUACAUUCAAGAAUCAUGACGUCAUUUGUUCUGAAUACCAGUUCUUGUGACGUCACAAUAAAAUAUGUUGCAAACAGACUGUGAAAUGUCAGAACAUUGAUGUUGGCGGUUAAUUUAUUGUUAAUUCUUUUCCCAUAUGUAUUAUAUUAAGGAGUCAUCCCAAAAAUGAUAUUUUCUCGUCCUUAAUAAAUUUGUUGUAUCUUGGUUGCCCUUGGAUACAUCUAUUACGUCACACACGUUUCGAUAGCCAAGAGCUAAUCAAAUAUCCGCCUCAUCUGAGAAGGUACAUUUCUCCAAAUCAAACGUCGCCUUCUUCCAUAUCUGCACCAAGGCUCAAGCUUGAAUGGAGGGACGUUCCUCCUUGUGCGCGUGUAUAACGAUGAUUCCCCGCUGGCUGUCCUUGGCGUAGAUUCGAGAUCAAGCUGAAACUAUACUGAAAUAAGUGGAGUCCUCCAGAUCAAGCCUGAGGAUGACAUGGAAGUGUUAUUACGGUUGACAAGACACACUUUAUUCCAUACAAGAUUGCUGAUGUCUUUGAUGACCAUGUCGGACAAGAUUCCAAAUAUCUUUCCAUAGAGCUGCCGGAAAACAUGGAGGUAGCUGAUAUAAAUAACACAGAACAGUUUAUACUGGUUUGAAGCAGAGAAUCUCGGCCCGAAUCCACAUGUUGAGAGACCGUCAGUUGGAGGAGAUGGACAUUGCUGAUGACUAUUGGAGCUCUUGUUCCACACACCAACAAGCCAUACUGAGCGGAUACAGUAAAUGUCAGACCCAGUAUAUACCCUUCACCGGGAACCAAUCAUCUGAGGUCAAUUUGAGGAUAAAUAAUGGCAACAACAACGUAUCAAGAAUCCGUCUAAAUUUUGAUGUGUUUUGUGUUUACGAUUUCCACGAACAGAUGAUAGGAGACGGUGCUAGCCUCAACAUGAACAAUAACAGUAAUGACAGUGAUUCAAGUAACUGUGACGGGCAGGUACAGUCUUCCCGAUCCAUGACUUCCAUUCCUCCCAAAACGUACAAUCAAUACCUAUUGAGUUCUCGGCUGCUGGGAGUGAGGUCAAGGAACAGCUGUGACAUCCAUGGUCUUUUCUACAGAUCCCGCAACACACGGCGGGAUAGACAUUAUUCCAAGACAUUUUUAUUCGAUGCACGUACUCCGGAGUUGUCUAUUUUGUCUAGAGCGGAGAGGCUGACAGAAAUCUUCUUACAGAUGAAGCAGCAUCAGUUGGGAACCCUGGGCAUGGAGGGACAGUCGACUGAGGGAACUGCCGAAAACAAAGCCGUGUCUUUAAAGAAGCGUAAGACAUCCCCUUCCAUUCAGACGGAGAGUUUGGAGGUUAAAAAUACAGGUUCUCAUUCUGAUCUAGAGAUUUCUGGUGCUGCUGUACAGACCAUCGAAAGCUUCCAGUCUGGUCUAGACCUCACAGAUUGUUCUGUGCAGACCAACCACAGCUUCCGGUCUGGUCUAGACGUCACAGAUAGUUCUGUACAGACCAACAACAGCUUCCAGUCUGGUCAAGACGUUACAGAUAGUUCUGUGCAGACCAACCACAGCUUCCGGUCUGGUCUAGACGUCACAGAUAGUUCUGUACAGACCAACCACAGCUUCCAGUCUGGUCAAGACGUCACAGAUAGUUCUGUGCAGACCAACCACAGCUUCCGGUCUGGUCUAGACGUCACAGAAAGUUCUGCACAGACCAUCCACAGCUUCAAGUCUGGUCAAGACGUCACAGAUAGUUCUGUGCAGACCAACCACAGCUUCCGGUCUGGUCUAGACGUCACAGAAAGUUCUGCACAGACCAUCCAAAGCUUCCGGUCUGGCCUGGACGUCACAGAUAGUUCUGAAAAUAUCCCCCAUAGCUUCCAGUCUGAUAUGCAACAGCUACUUGAUGCUAUCCCCAAUAAACAGGUGCCAGAACUUCCACAAACUCUGAAGGAUCAUUUGGUUCAAAGAAUAUGUUUCUUAUUGAUUCAUGGAAAGAAGUCCAGUGGAAAUAUAUUGGAUAGAUCUCUUAUUAAUUCUUUGAAACACAACAAUAGCAGAACGUCCCUUCCUAACUCAGCUAGUUUCAACAAAAAGGAACCUUUUACUUCUGAGUUUGUGUUCAAGAAGGUGUUUGGUCCAGACGUCCGUGUUGCUAAGCACUACUGGCAUGUCCAGCCUCCAGUCUUACCACCGCCGUGUGUUAAAUACAAGAGCAAAAGUGGCGUACUUUCAAGCAACAUCAUAGGUCGGGGAACGUUUGCAGAGAUUACAGUAGCAACACUGCAUGUGGACGGACAAAGCAGACACGUUGUGUUGAAGGAACACUACAUCGACAUGGUCUCCAAAGACGAUGUGUUUCGUGAAGCCAAACUGACCAUGUACUUGGAGCCAACUGGCUGUGUUCCUGUAUGUUAUGGCUUAGUUAAAGAUGGAAUUGGUGGUCACAGUGUUGUCCUGGAGCUCAUCGGAUCGGGAACCACCCUCGGUGAUGUUGUGGGGAAAGUGACUCUACCGUUACUACACUGGUUGAGCAUUGCACGGCAGCUGGCUGAGGGCCUUUGCAAGAUCCAUGAGAUGGACAUUCUGAUCAACGAUGUCAAACCGGACAACGUGUUAGUGGAUCUGACAAAACCAGCCCCAGUUCUGAAGUACUGUGACUUCGGCCAUGGGUCCUAUAAGUAUGGUAUUGUAUUCACGGACCAGGACAUGGAACAGUUUGUCCACUUAGCUCCAGAGGUUCGUGCAGGUGGCCAGACAUCAAGGGCUAAUGAUGUGUAUGGUUUAGGCAGACUACUGGGACGUAUCGUAGACGUGUCUGGGAUUUCGGCCAUAGUACCCCUAUGUCAGAGAUGUAAGAAUGAAAACCCGGAUCGCCGGAUCUCAGCUGCAGAGGCAAGCGCUUGGCUGAAAUCAUUUCACAAAGAACAAGUGGCAGACACGACAGCAUCAUACUCAGACCCACACAUCUCCAGUGGCUACGGGUCAUCGCCCUCUUCCUCCUACGCUUCUCUGUCAGUGUGCUCGACAAGUGGUGACUGGUGGGAUUCAAAUGAUACAUGGCUUGGGGUUAAUGUUUCAGGAGCAAAUGUCCUUAUCUUACUAAUCCUCUUAAUAACCAUGGCAUUGCAUCCAUGGGUUAUCGGUCCCUGCUGUUACUCUAAGUGUUGAAUCUAUUCUGAUUCCUUUCCGGGGAAAAGGCGAGCGGAGUUGCGUCCCUUACCUGUGCCAGGAUCCUUGGGGUGUAAGCACUAUUGGGUUUCCGCGUAGAUCCUGUGAUUUUACAGCUUUGAACCCAACUCACUCAUUAACUCUCUUUGAAUUCAAUGUUAUAUCAAUUCAACGACUUCAUUCCGUCAAUAAGGACGAACCAUCUGUUACAAGUGCUAGUCAAUCGUUAGUUUGAACCUGGUUAGAAAGUUGAGAUAUAUUGAAUGACGAAACAGUUGCUGCCAUCGAUCAUGUUUAUGUGUUUACGCGCUAGGAUUCAGCCAGGUCUCUGUUAUGUGUGUGUACGCCGAUGUCGAGACUCACAGCCAACGACUGGUGUGCCUGUUCCGGGACCGAACAUACUUUAAAGGCCGCCCUGAACUGGCAUUAAUAAUGCUGACGACCGAGGCUUUGUCGAGACCUCGUGGAGUGCCCAACAUAAUUAAUAUUAAUAUGUAGAUACGUAAAUACUCGCUUACAACCUGAUAUUAUUACAUCAUCUUUUGAGUAUCAGAACCAGGAAAUAUACCAGAAUAUCACUGUACCUUAGACAUCUUUUCACAUUCAAUAUACAAUUAUACAAUGUCAUAUUAAAUGUGUUUGUAAGAAAUAUCCUACAUUUUUAACCCUUUUUUUUCUACAUGAAUAUUACUUCAACAUGUAUCCAUCUUUACAUAUGCAUGUAUUUCCCAGAUUUUGAUCUGAAUUUAUUGGUAAUGAAUAUGUGUGCACAAUAGUUAAUAAACGCAUGUUUUACU